AUUAGGUCAUAUGUAGUAUAAAUAGGGGAGGUCGACUCUUAUCAUCUCACAGUUCAAUUUAAUUUGAUUCAUUCAAUUCUACAAACCCUAAUUCAAAAUUAUCUCAAGAUGCAAAUCUUUGUUAAGACCCUUACUGGCAAGACCAUCACCCUCGAGGUGGAAAGCUCCGAUACCAUUGACAAUGUUAAAGCUAAGAUACAAGACAAGGAAGGGAUUCCCCCAGAUCAACAGAGACUUAUCUUUGCCGGAAAACAGCUUGAGGAUGGCCGCACUCUUGCUGACUACAACAUCCAAAAGGAAUCCACCCUUCACUUGGUCCUUCGUCUCAGAGGUGGUAUGCAAAUUUUUGUCAAGACUCUUACUGGCAAGACAAUUACUCUUGAGGUAGAGAGCUCGGACACCAUUGACAAUGUUAAAGCCAAGAUCCAGGAUAAGGAGGGCAUCCCUCCAGACCAGCAAAGGUUGAUCUUCGCAGGCAAACAACUCGAGGAUGGACGUACUCUCGCUGACUAUAAUAUUCAGAAGGAGUCUACCCUUCACUUGGUCCUUCGUCUUAGGGGUGGUAUGCAGAUAUUUGUGAAGACCCUCACAGGCAAGACUAUUACCUUGGAAGUUGAGAGCUCUGAUACGAUUGACAAUGUCAAAGCAAAGAUCCAAGAUAAGGAGGGCAUUCCCCCAGAUCAACAGAGAUUGAUUUUUGCUGGUAAACAGCUCGAGGAUGGGCGCACUCUUGCCGACUAUAAUAUUCAGAAGGAAUCAACCCUGCACUUGGUUCUCCGUCUGAGAGGUGGUAUGCAGAUAUUUGUUAAGACCCUCACCGGCAAGACCAUCACCUUGGAAGUUGAGAGCUCAGACACAAUUGACAAUGUCAAGGCAAAAAUUCAGGACAAGGAGGGUAUCCCACCUGACCAGCAGAGGCUGAUCUUUGCCGGCAAACAGCUGGAGGAUGGACGCACUCUUGCUGAUUACAACAUUCAGAAGGAGUCGACUCUCCAUUUGGUGCUUCGUCUCCGUGGUGGUAUGCAGAUCUUUGUAAAGACUUUGACUGGGAAGACUAUCACCUUGGAGGUUGAAAGCUCUGACACCAUCGAUAAUGUGAAAGCUAAGAUUCAGGACAAGGAGGGAAUUCCACCAGAUCAACAGAGGCUUAUUUUUGCAGGGAAGCAGUUGGAGGAUGGCAGAACCUUGGCAGAUUACAACAUCCAGAAGGAGUCUACUCUGCACCUUGUCUUGCGUCUUCGUGGUGGAUUUUAAGCUGUGAUUUUAGUCAUAUGGAGUUUGAAUGUCUCUUCAUGGCGUGAUGGUUGUUUGUGUUGUUGUGGAUGGUGGUUUGUGUUGCUGGCCAUCAUCUGAAUAACCGAACUCUUUUUAGUCUGCUACUAUAUUUUCAGUUAUGUUUUCAUUUUCGGGAUAUUGAAGUGGCCUUAAUGGCUUUGUUAAUAACAUUUUAAUUCGGUUUCAAUAAUGCUGUAUUUGUGCUCUA